AUGAAUCGGACAGUCUCGCUGACCACGAACGGUCGUGACGCCUCGAGUACCAGUCCGCUACCCCAAAGCCCGACAGUCGCCGCCUCAGUCGGAAUCAGCAAUGUUGAAAAAUCUCUCUCACCCGGGAAUCUGACUGAUAGAGAUCGAAUGGGCUCUCUAAACCGUCCCUCGGCGGACGCCCCUAAAGAUGGACGCACUAGCGUUUACCUUGAGCUCCAGGAUGGCCAGGUCUUCGAGGGGAUUAGCUUUGGUGCUUCAAAAAGCGCAUCUGGAGAGCUAGUCUUCCAAACGGGAAUGGUCGGAUAUCCAGAGUCCAUCACCGAUCCUUCCUACCGCGGCCAAAUUCUCGUCAUCACCUUUCCACUUAUUGGCAACUACGGCGUACCCUCCAGAGAAACUCUCGAUGAGCUACUUGGUGAUCUUCCUAAGCAUUUCGAAUCAAAUCAAAUUCACGUCGCUGGACUUGUCGUUGCUGCUUAUGCCGGAGAGACUUACUCCCACCACCUUGCUACCUCCUCCCUGGGGACUUGGUUGAAAGAGCAAGAUGUUCCAGCCAUGUAUGGGGUCGAUACCAGAGCACUAACCAAGAUUAUUCGGGAAGAGGGCAGUAUGCUGGGAAGAAUGUUUCAUGCGAGAUCAUCAGCAAGGAAACUAACGAACGGCGUGAAGGAGAAUCCAAUUCCCAAUGGAGAUGUGGUCAUGGGUCCCGUCAGCUGGCGAGAACAGGUUGAUGACAUUGAGUGGCAUGACCAGAACCAACGGAAUCUCGUGGCAGAAGUUUCAGUGAAAAAGCCAAGGGUGAUCUCUCCCCCCGAGAACAAAGCUCUACUUCAUCCCUCGGGGAGACCCGUCCGAGUGGCUGUUGUAGACGUCGGUCUCAAGUACAACCAACUCCGAUGUCUUUUAUCCCGCGGCGUUGAAGUUCUUGUGGUGCCAUGGGACUAUAGCUUUCCAGACCUAGCUGGCAAGGAUUAUGAUGGACUAUUCAUUUCUAAUGGUCCUGGUGACCCUGCCAUGCUCUCAACCACCGUCAUGCACAUUUCAGUGGCGAUGGCAAAAGGAAGAACACCCAUCUUUGGCAUCUGUCUUGGCCAUCAACUACUCGCUCGUGCGGCUGGAGCCAAUACUUUGAAGAUGAAAUUUGGCAACCGAGGCCACAAUAUUCCCUGCACAAAUCUGUUGUCUGGCCGAUGUUACAUCACUUCACAAAACCACGGGUUUGCCGUUGACUCGAUGACCUUGCCUGAAGGAUGGGAAGAGCUAUUCGUGAACGCCAAUGAUGGCAGCAAUGAAGGCAUUCGCCACGUCUCAAGGCCCUACUUCAGCGUUCAAUUUCAUCCCGAGUCCACUCCAGGACCUCGAGAUACCGAAUUCUUGUUCGACGUCUUUAUCGAUGCAAUCAUGAAAAGCAUUGCUUCUGUCGAUGCUUUGCUUCAGCCUGUUUCAUUUCCGGGGGGUACAAUCGAGGAGAACGACAAAGAGCAUCCUCGUGCCAAGGUCAAGAAAGUCCUCGUUUUAGGGAGUGGCGGUCUCAGCAUCGGUCAGGCUGGAGAGUUUGACUAUUCGGGGAGCCAAGCGAUCAAAGCGUUGAAACAAGAAGGCAUCUAUACUGUUUUGAUCAACCCUAAUAUUGCAACCAUUCAGACCUCCAAAGGUCUCGCUGACAAAGUCUAUUUUCUUCCGGUCAACGCCGAUUUCGUCCGCAAAGUCAUUAAGCAUGAGAGGCCUGACGGUAUUUACUGCACAUUCGGCGGACAGACUGCCUUACAGGUCGGGAUUCAGCUCAAAGAUGAAUUUGAAUCUCUCGGAGUCCAAGUUUUGGGAACUCCGAUUGAAACAAUCAUUACUACAGAGGACCGCGAGCUUUUUGCUAGAAGCAUGGAGUCUAUUGGAGAGAAAUGCGCCAAAUCAGCAUCAGCAUCGAGCCUCGAGGAAGCAAUGCGUGUUGUUGAGGACAUUGGCUUCCCCGUGAUUAUCAGAGCGGCUUAUGCCUUAGGCGGGCUGGGAAGUGGAUUUGCCGAAGAUCCCACCCAACUUCGUGAGCUAUGCACGAAGGCCUUUGCUGCAAGCCCACAAGUGCUCAUCGAGAAGAGCAUGAAGGGCUGGAAAGAGAUCGAGUAUGAAGUCGUUCGAGACGUACGUGACAACUGCAUCACUGUUUGCAACAUGGAGAACUUCGACCCGCUUGGGAUCCAUACCGGUGAUUCCAUCGUCGUGGCACCUUCACAGACUUUGUCGGAUGAAGACUACAACUUGUUGCGGACCACCGCUGUCAAUGUUAUCCGCCAUCUCGGAGUUGUGGGAGAGUGCAAUAUCCAAUAUGCACUCAACCCCUUCUCCAACGAAUAUUGCAUCAUCGAAGUCAAUGCUAGAUUGUCUCGAUCAUCGGCCCUGGCCUCAAAGGCUACCGGAUAUCCCUUAGCGUUCAUCGCUGCCAAGCUUGGUCUGGGGAUUCCCUUGAAUGAAAUAUCCAACUCGGUCACGAAGAAGACAUGUGCCUGCUUCGAACCCUCUCUCGAUUAUGUCGUCGUCAAAAUUCCAAGGUGGGAUCUCAAGAAAUUCACCCGGGUAUCCACACAGCUUGGUUCUUCGAUGAAGAGCGUUGGUGAAGUCAUGUCUAUAGGCAGGACCUUCGAAGAGGCCAUUCAGAAAGCCAUUCGUUCCGUGGAUCUCCACAAUCUUGGCUUCUCAGACAUUUCCAAUCCCCUGAUGUCCGUUGAUGAUGAACUGCAGACGCCGUCAGAUCAGAGAAUGUUCGCCAUCGCCAACGCCAUGCAUGCUGGAUACACCGUGGAUAAGAUCUGGGAAAUGACUAAAAUUGACAAAUGGUUUUUGUCCAGGCUCAAGGGUUUGAGUGAUUUUGCCAAAUCCAUGUCUCAGUUCAGUGCAACGACAGUGCCUCCAUCUUUGAUUCGACAAGCUAAGCAGCUCGGCUUUUCAGAUCAACAGCUAGCUCGGUGUUGGAAUUCGAACGAACUUGCUGUCAGGCGUCUCAGAGCUGAGGCGGGCAUACAGCCAGUCGUGAAGCGAAUCGACACGGUCGCAGCUGAGUUCCCAGCCUACACGAAUUAUCUCUAUCUGACGUACAAUGGAUCGGAACAUGACAUUGCAUUCAGUGACCACGGUAUCAUGGUUCUCGGAUCCGGAGUCUAUCGGAUUGGCUCGUCUGUAGAAUUCGACUGGUGCUCUGUGAGGGCUAUUCGCACACUGCGACAGCAGGGAUAUAAGACUGUUAUGGUCAAUUACAACCCAGAGACUGUCUCGACAGACUAUGACGAAGCUGACCGGCUCUACUUCGAAAAUAUCAACCUCGAAACUGUUCUAGAUAUCUAUCAACUCGAAUCGGCGAGUGGCGUGAUUAUUUCCAUGGGUGGACAAACUCCGAAUAAUAUCGCCCUGCCUCUGCACCGAUUGAACGUCAAGAUUUUGGGAACAUCUCCGGAGAUGAUUGACUCGGCGGAGAAUAGAUACAAAUUCUCUCGAAUGCUGGAUCGUAUCGAUGUCGACCAACCAUCAUGGAAAGAGCUCACGAGCAUAGAUGAAGCACUCGAAUUCUGCGAAAAGGUCAAAUACCCUGUUCUAGUACGGCCAUCUUACGUUCUAUCAGGGGCGGCAAUGAACACGGUAUAUUCGCAGGAUGACCUCGCCAACUACCUCAAUCAAGCUGUGGAGGUGUCGAGAGAACAUCCGGUUGUUAUUACCAAAUACAUCGAGAACGCCAAAGAAAUCGAGAUGGAUGCCGUUGCAAAGGAUGGUGUCAUGACUGGACAUUUCAUUUCUGAGCACGUUGAAAAUGCAGGAGUGCAUUCAGGAGAUGCCACUCUCAUCUGUCCGCCCCAGGAUCUUGAGCCGGAAACAAUUGCUAGAAUCGAAGAAGCUACACGCAAGAUUGGAAACGCCCUCAACGUUACGGGCCCGUUCAACAUCCAAUUCAUUGCCAAAGACAAUGAGAUUAAGGUCAUCGAGUGCAACGUUCGGGCUUCCAGAUCCUUCCCAUUCGUGUCGAAAGUCAUGGGCGUUGACUUAGUCGAGAUGGCUACGAAAGUCAUUGUGGAUAAACCUGUAACUCCAUAUCCACCUGUCAAUGUUCCUCCCGAUUACGUUGGUGUCAAGGCACCCCAAUUCUCAUUCUCGCGCUUGUCUGGUGCAGAUCCCGUCUUGGGGGUGGAGAUGGCGUCGACUGGUGAAGUGGCUUGCUUUGGACGCGAUCGGUAUGAAGCUUACAUCAAAGCCACAAUCUCAACCGGCUUCAAGCUGCCAGAGAAGAACAUACUACUGUCAAUCGGGUCAUUUAAAGAGAAAAUGGAAAUGCUUCCCUCUGUUCGCAAGUUGCACCAAAUGGACUACAACCUAUUUGCCACGUCUGGUACGGCUGACUUCCUCGAGGAACAUGACAUCAAAGUCAAAUACCUGGAGGUCCUGGGGAACGACGAGAAAGACCAGAAAUCAGAGUACUCGCUGACACAACAUCUGGCCAACAACAAAAUCGAUCUGUACAUCAACCUGCCGUCCAACAACAGAUUUAGGAGGCCUGCGAAUUACAUGAGCAAGGGAUACCGUACGAGACGAAUGGCGGUUGAUUAUCAGACUCCCUUGAUCACCAAUGUCAAAAUUGCGAAGAUCCUGAUUGAAGCCCUUGCCCGACAUUAUGAUUUGAAUGUCCGCAACAUCGACUUCCAAACAAGCCAUCGAACCGUCGUCCUUCCGGGGCUAAUUAACGUUGCGGCUUUCGUCCCCGGGGUGGCCCAAAGAGGAUCGCACGAUUUCUCCCUCGUCAGCAAGGCUUCCGUGGCAGCAGGCUUCAGCAUGAUCCGAAUUAUGCCUGUCGGAAUCGACAGCGCCGUGACCGAUGCGAGAUCGCUGAAAGUAGCCCAGGAUAACGCUCAGAAUGGCGCAUAUUGCGACUUCAACUACUCUGUUGCAGCUACCGAUUCCAAUUCAGAACAAAUUAUUCACGUCAAGGGGGAGGUCGGUUCUCUUUUCAUUCCAUUCAACCAUCUCUCAUCUGGAAAUAUUAAUAAGGUCGCGACCGUCACCGCACAUUUUGGAACGUGGCCAACAUACAAACCAAUCGUGACGGACGCGAAGACCACAGACUUGGCGUCCAUCUUGCUGCUGGCCAGCCUUCACGACAGAAAAGUCCACGUGAUGAACGUGACGUCCAAAGACGACAUUAGCUUGAUCGCACUCUCCAAAGAGAAGGGGUUGAAAGUGACGUGUGAUGUUUCCGUCUACAGUUUGUUCCUGUCGCAAGCCGACUUUCCGGACUGCUCUGCAUUGCCCUCCGUGACCGAUCAACAAGCUUUGUGGGAUUAUCUGCCAACCAUUGAUGUCUUCUCGAUCGGCAGUCUUCCAUACCAGAUCGCCGGAGAGAAUGCUGUCCCCACUGUAGGAAUCAGCGACGCUCUUCCUUUACUCCUGACAGCGGUUUCGGAGGGGAAAAUGAGCAUGGAGGACGUCACUAGGCGUCUCCACGACCAUCCGAAAGCCAUUUUUGAGCUGCACGAACAGACUACGACUUCCGUCGAAAUUGACAUCGACCGUCCAUACGUACUUCAAGCUGGCCCUGUGUGGUCGCCUUUUGUUGGAAGAACAUUGCGAGGUGCGGUAUCAAGGGUUGUGUUCCAGGGCAAGACAACUUGUCUCGACGGAGAAGUCCUUUUAGACGGCCCUCGAGGUACAGACAUGUCCUCGCACUUGCUGAAUCCCAUCUCGCCUACAGUUGCCGCGACAUCUCCGGUAUUACGCGCUCAGGCAGAAGGUCCACUUGACAGACGAACCUCGCUUCUGGAUACUGCGGCACAACGACGUCUCUCCGUGACUACUCGUAGUCGACCCAUCACUCGCGCUCGAAACAUGGAUGAAAUGCUCGACUCGAGCAGUCCGGUGCUUCCGACAUCAGCCUUCCAGCAGCCGCCACCGCCGUCUACAAUUUCUCCUUCGCUUCUGUCCUUGCUAGCCUCCUCGCCUUUUAAGAACCGUCAUGUACUCUCCGUCAAUCAGUACAACCGCCAGGAUUUGCAUAUCUUGUUUACUGUUGCCCAAGAAAUGCGACUUGGAGUUCAGAGACAAGGAAUCUUGCCUCUCCUUCAGUCCCGAGUACUCUGCACCAUGUUCUACGAGCCAAGCACUCGGACAUCAGCUUCUUUUGACGCAGCCAUGCAGCGAUUAGGUGGUCGCACUAUUGUCGUCAACACCGAUCAAUCAAGCACCCAAAAGGGUGAAUCGCUGCAAGAUAGUAUUAGAACACUGGGAUGCUAUGGUGAUGCCGUUGUACUUCGACAUCCCGACAAUGAGUCCGCCGCCACCGCAGCCAAAUUUUCACCGGUUCCUAUUAUCAACGCGGGCAAUGGAAGCCGAGAACAUCCCACUCAAGCAUUCUUGGAUCUUUUCACCAUUCGAGAAGAAUUGGGAACGGUGACCGGCCUCACGGUUACCUUCACAGGUGAUCUCAAGUACGGAAGAACCGUACAUUCUCUGGCCAAACUGCUCCAGUACUAUGAAGUCCGAAUCAACUUGGUCGCACCCAAGGAUCUUGCUCUGCCCAAGGGAGUCAGGGAACAAAUUGUGGCUUCUGGUCAGCUCGCGAUCGAGUCUGAGACUCUGACUCCUGAGAUUGUCGCUAAGAGCGACGUGCUUUACUGCACUCGAGUCCAGAGAGAGCGAUUCCCUAGCCUGGAAGAGUAUGAACGACUAAAAGACCACCUUAUUGUGGACAAUAGUGUCCUCAAAUAUGCCAAAUCAAGCACGAUUGUCAUGCACCCUCUACCUCGCAACCGAGAGAUUAGUGAAGAGGUGGAUUUCGAUCAACGAGCAGCAUACUUCAGACAGAUGCGGUAUGGCCUGUACACGAGAAUGGCACUCUUGGCCCUGGUGCUUGCAUCAUAA